GCUUGGUGGCCGAUUACAUACCGCAUAUACGAUUUGUUGACAUUCCGUAUGAGGAAUUAUGCGACAAGUUUGUCUUGUACGAUGAAUUAUUACCGGCAAAGUUACGACAUGAUAUACUUUUUCAUCAUUUGCAAAUUAGCAACGAGCCAGGAGGCGGCCGAAGCAAUCUAUCAAUAAGGGGAUACAAAAAUAAGAUACCACACGUCACACAAAGUCAACUCGCCGAGGCUGCGAUGCAGAGACCAGUAAAGCAGAAACCAAAUCUUUCGAGUGAAAACCGUCGGCCACGCCCAAAGAGAAAGCAAGGCAACGACAUUACUCUGGAUAAACUUUACACCUUUUCUUAA